AUGAGGGCUGCCUUCGCAGGGAGUGCUGCCUUCGCAUGGGGUGGUGCCUUUGCAAGGUAUGCUGCCUUCGCAGGGAGUGCUGCCUUUGCACAGAGUGCUGCCUUCACAAGGAGUGAUGCCUUCGCAAGGAGUGCUGCGUUCUCUAGGAAUGCUGCCUUCACAGGGAGUGCUGCCUUCACAAGGGAUGGUGCCUACGCAUGUGGUGCUGCCUUCGCACGGAGUGCUGCCUUCGCAAGUAGUGGUGGAUUCGCAAGGGGUGCUGCCUUCGCACGGAGUGCUGUCUUUGCACAGAGUGCUGCCUUUGCACGGAGUGCUGUCUCCGCACGGAAAGCAACCUUCGCAAGUAGUGCUUCCUUUGCACGGUAUGCUGCCUUUGCAAGUAGUUCAGCCUUCGCAAGGAGUGCUGCCUUCUCAAGGAGUGCUGCCUUCUCAAGGAGUGCUGCCUUCGCAAGGAGUGCUUCCUUCACAAAGAGGGCUGCCUCAGCAGGGAUGGCUGCCUUCGCAUGUAGUGCUGCCUUUGCACGGAGUGCUGCCUUUGCACAGGGUGCUGCCGUCGCAAGGAGUGUUGCCUUCGCUAGGAGUGCUGCCUUCGCUAGGAGUGAUGCCUUCACAGGGGGUGCUGCGUUUGCUAGGAUUGCUGCCUUCGCACGGAGUGCUGCUUUCACUAGGAGUGCUCCCUUCGCAGGGAGUGCUGCCCUCGCACGGAGUGCUGCCUUCGCAGGGAGUGCUGCCUUCACAAGGGGUGGUGCCUUCGCAAGGAGUGCUGCCUUCGCAGUGAGUGCUGCCUUGCUAGGAGUGUUGCCUUCGCAAGGAGUGCUGCCUUUGCAAGGAGUGCUGCCUUCCAAGGAGUGCUGCCUUCGCAGGGAGUGCUGCCUUCCAAGGAGUGCUGCCUUCGCAACGAGUGUUGCCUUCACAAGGAGUGCUGCCUUUGGAAGGAGUGCUGCCUUCGCAAUUAGGGCUGCCUUCGCAGGGAGUGCUGCCUUAGCAAGGGGUGGUGCCUUCGCAAGGAGUGCUGCAUUCGCAAGGAUUGCUGCCUUUGCACAGACUGCUGCCUUCGCAAGGAGUGCUGCCUUCGCAAGGAGUGGUGUGCUGUCUUUGCAAGAUGUGCUGCCUUCGCAAGCAGUGCUGCCUUCACAUGGCAUGCUGCCCUACAAGGCAUGA